AUGACAGAAGAUGAGGAUGAUAGUCUGAAUAAUGUAAAUAAUGCUUUAUUUUUAUUUUUCUUUCUUAUUUCUUUCCUUUAUUCUUUAUUUCUUUGUUUCUUUCUUCUUUCGUUCUUCCUUUUUUCUUUGUUUCCUACUUCCUUUCUUUCCAUUCUAUUUCCUUUUUUCCUUCUUCCUUUCUUUUUUCUUUCCCUUAUUCUUUAUUUUUGUUUCUUCUUUCUUUAUUUUUGCUUUUGUUCUUACUUCCUUUUUCUUUCAUUCUCCAUUCUUUCUUUUCUUCUUUCUUUCUUUGCUCAUUACUUCAUUUUUUUUCUCUCUUCCGUUCUUAUUUCUUUCUUUCUUUAUUUAUUUCUUUCCUUCUUCUUUUUUCUGUCUUCUUUCAUGUUUCCAUCUUCCUUUCUGCUUUCUUUUCUCUUUCCUUUCUUUUUCAUUUCCUUCCUUUCUUUCUUCUUUACUUCCUCUUUCUUUUUCAUUUCUUUCGUUCAUUCAUUUUUCUGUCUUUCUUCCUUCUUUCACCUUCUAUCUUUCUUCUUUAUUUCUAUCUUUCAUUCAUUCUUCUUACCUUCUUCCUUAUUUUUUCAUCCUACCUUUCUUAUUUACUUCUUUCUUUCCUUCCUUCCUUCUUUCUUUUUUCUUUACUUGCUUAUUUCUAUCCUUUAUCUUUUCUUUCUUCCUGCUUUUGCCUUCUUUCUUCCUUUUUUACUUCCUCCCUUUAUUCUUCUUACCUACUUCCUUCCUUCCUUCCGUCGUUCAUUCAUCCUUCUGUCUUUCUUUCUUUAUUUCUUUAUCUCUCUUCCUUUUUCUUUAUUCUUUCUUUUUUCUUUUACCUGUUUUCUUCCUUCUGUACUUCUUUCUUUCAUUCUCCUUACCUCUUUCUUUCCUUUCCUCUUUCCUUCGUUCAUUCAUUCAUCCUUCCUUCUUUCUUUCUUCUUUAUUUUCUUAUCUCUCUCUUCUUUCCUGAUUUCUUUUCCUUUAUUCUUUCUUUUUUUUUUUGCCCGCUUUCUUCCUUCUUUACAUCCUUCUUUCUUUCAUUCUUCUUUCUUUCUUAUUCAUAUCCAUGCCAUCUUUUUUUCUCCGUCGUUUUAA